AUGAUUGAUACAUUUCAUAUUGUUUAUUGUUUGGUAUACUAUUCAGGUCAUUAUGUAAUUAGACCUUAUACACCAGUAUGCAAUGAUUUGACUUUUUCAUCAAUCAUCAAUACUAAUUAUCAACAGGAAAAUAAUGUAGAUAUAAAUCAAUUUGGUUUAUUAAUUAAAAUUUAUCCAAAUGGUGAAUUUUCUAAACUUUUGAAUAAUAUUUCUACAAAUGAUACUAUUGAAAUAAGUCUACCAAUAGGUAAUUUCAAUAGUAAUCUCAUCAAACAAGUUAUUCAUAAUAAUAAUAAUAAUAAUAAUGAAUCAAAAUUGACCUAUGUUAUUAUGUUAGCCGGAGGUAGUGGUAUAACACCUAUGCUACGUAUUAUUCAUUAUUUAUUAAUUGAUCAUCAUCAACAACCUUUACAACUAUUUAAAAUACAUUUAAUUCAUUUUAAUCGUUGUCAAAUGGAUCAAAUAUUAAUUUCAUAUUUUACAUCAUUACAUAAUCAUUUCCCAAAUAAAUUUUCAAUUACUCACGUUCUAUCUGAACCAUUAUGCUUUUCUGAUGAUAAUAAUAAUAAUAAUAAUCAUUGGUUAUAUGGACAUAUAACCGAUGAAUUAUGUCGUCAAUGUUUUGAUCAAGAAAUGAUUGACAAUUUUGAAUCACAGACAAUUUGUUUAAUAUGUGGUCCAUCUGGUUUUAAUGAUGCAGCAUUCAAACUAACAAAUCAAUGGUCUAUUCCUAAAGAACGUGUCCAUGUCUUCAAAGGAUGA